GGCCGCACGUCCGGUUGUCCUGCAGGGCCGAGCCCCGGGGCAGGACGGGGGACACGGGCCGGGCGCGGCUGCCCCCCGCCCCCGCGCCGCCCUCAUGUCGGCGCCGCUGAAGAAGGGCCCCGGGGGGCUGAUCGGGCUCAUGAAGGACGCGUUCCAGCCGCACCACCACCACCUCGGCCCGCACCAGCCCGGCGCCGUGGACAAGAAGAUGGUGGAGAAGUGCUGGAAGCUCAUGGACAAGGUGGUGCGUUUGUGUCAGAACCCAAAACUGGCGUUGAAGAACAGCCCACCCUAUAUCCUAGAUCUGCUGCCUGACACCUACCAGCAUCUCCGAACCAUCCUGUCGCGCUACGAGGGGAAGAUGGAGACCCUGGGAGAGAACGAGUAUUUCCGUGUGUUCAUGGAGAACUUGAUGAAGAAAACCAAGCAGACCAUCAGCCUUUUCAAGGAAGGGAAGGAGCGGAUGUAUGAGGAGAACUCUCAGCCUAGUUAUAUUUUCCGAUUGAGUUGCACACGGCUCGGUCAGUGGGCCAUUGGCUAUGUCACUGCAGAUGGGAACAUUCUUCAGACAAUCCCCCACAACAAACCUCUCUUUCAAGCACUGAUUGAUGGCUUCAGGGAAGGCUUUUAUUUAUUUCCCGACGGCCGGAAUCAGAAUCCUGACUUGACUGGCUUGUGUGAACCCACACCUCAGGACCACAUUAAAGUUACACAGGAACAAUAUGAACUGUAUUGCGAGAUGGGCUCCACGUUUCAGCUGUGUAAAAUAUGUGCUGAAAAUGACAAAGAUGUGAAGAUUGAACCGUGCGGCCAUCUGAUGUGCACCUCCUGUCUCACUGCGUGGCAGGAAUCAGAAGGCCAGGGAUGUCCUUUUUGCCGCUGUGAAAUCAAAGGCACGGAGCCCAUUGUAGUAGACCCGUUUGAUCCCAGAGGAGGAGGAGGAUUGUCACGACAAGGGGCAGAAGGAACUCCCUCGCCCAACUACGAUGAUGAUGAUGAUGACAGAGCUGAUGAUUCCCUCUUCAUGAUGAAAGAACUCGCUGGUACCAAAGUCGAGCGUCCUCCUUCUCCGUUCUCAGUAGCCCCACAGGCCACCCUUCCUCCCGUGCCACCGCGACUGGAUCUCUUGCAGCAGCGAGUGUCCAACCCGCCUGGGGCUUCCAGCCCUGGGACCACUUCAAAGGCUGCUCCUGGUGCCCUUCACAAGGAUAAACCUCUGCCAAUCCCUCCCACGCUCCGAGAUCUGCCUCCGCCACCACCUCCGGACAGGCCACAUUCCAUUGGGACUGAAGGUCGGCCUCAGAGACGUCCCUUGCCCUGCACACCAGGAGACUGCCCAUCGAGAGACAAACCACCCCCUGUGCCCUCCAACCGCCAGGCUGAUCUGUGGCCAUCCAGGCCCAUUCCCAAAGCUCCCUCUGUAGCUCUCAGUCCUGGAGACCCUUGGGCUGGGAGAGAACUGUCAAACAGGCACUCCCUCCCCUUCUCCUUGCCCUCUCAGAUAGAAUCCAGGCCCGAGAGCCAUCGGCUUGGGAGCACGCUCAGCCUGGACAACCCCGUGAGCUUGAACAGUGCUCCCCCAACAACCUCAGAGUGUGAACACCCCAAGAUUAAACCCUCCUCAUCUGCCAAUGCGAUCUACUCCUUAGCUGCCAGACCACUGCCUGUACCAAAACUGCCUCCUGGGGAACAGUCUGGAAGUGAUGAAGACACUGAAUACAUGUCACCAUCCUCUCUGCCUGUAGUGCCUCCAGGUCCUGCUGUACAAAAACCAGAGAUCAAAAUGCCUUUGGAAAUGGCUCAGAGUUUACGAGUUUCAGACUGCGACCAGCAGACGGAUGGCUGUACGUAUGAAGCAAUGUACAACAUCCACUCCCAAGCAGCAUCCUCAGCUUUUGAGACUGUCAACACUUGUGACGAAGGGGAUCUGGCAGCAGCCACUGCCAGCAACGGCCCUGAAGAGUCAGAAAAUGAAGAGGAUGGCUAUGAUGUCCCCAAACCACCACUACCAGUUGCCAUUGCUCGUCGCACCCUCUCUGAUAUCUCCAAUGCCACACCUGCCUUCAGCCGAAUGUCUUUGGAAAAUGACCCUGUGACAGGUUUCUCCGACGGCUCCCAAGUUCCAGAAAGGCCUCCAAAGCCUCUACCAAGGAGAAUCAAUUCUGAGCGGAAAGCAGGGAGCUGCCAGCCAGGCGGAGCCAGCAGUGGGACCAGUGCAUCACUGCAGCUCUCCAGUGAGAUCGAGAACCUAAUGAGCCAAGGCUAUUCAUAUCAGGACAUUCAGAAAGCACUGGUCAUUGCACAUAACAAUAUUGAAAUGGCCAAGAAUAUUCUCCGGGAGUUUGUUUCCAUUUCCUCCCCUGCGCAUGUGGCCACAUAGCACACAACCUCCACACCUGCAUCUUCUGUGGACCAACUGCCUGGGCAGCUGCAGCCCAGCUCCGCACCAAAGGGGAAGGGGGUUCCUUUAGAGACUUCGUGCUGAGGUCAGUCCUGCCUCUCAAGAGAAUCAGUGAUCAGGUUUUUGUGGUUCCAGAUUUCAAAGCAGUGGGAUGAAAUGGAGCAGAAUGGUGUUUUAUACAGUGUGUGUUUUGGAGUCCUUUACCCCUACCUCUUGUUUGAGAGAACCGAUUUCUUUCCAGGGUGUUUGUAUUGAAAGGUAUCACAACAAGGGAUUCCCAAGCUGAUGCCCUGGAGGCUGGGGGGAGUGUUUUGUGCUGUGAAUUCUAAGUGAAUGCUCUGAGAAACCGAGCCUUGAGGUCGGUGUGGUGUGUCCUGUGGUUCAUGGUACUAGGUUUGGAUCUGUUCGCUGCUGUGUGUCUGGCUCAGGCUUUUUAGGCCAGCUGGGAGGUCACUUUCUGCUGGGAAUAAAUAGGAGACCUGGGAAGAAUCUUUAGAUUGCUUCCCGUUUGCCAUGGCAUUUCCCUCUUGCAUCUAUUGCUCUUGAUUCAAGUCCUCCCUUUUUGCCUGGAGAUACCUUGACAAGCUUCUGUCAGGCAUUUGGACCUUGACAGGGCAGGGAUUUCUCUCCUACAUGUCCUCUUGCUGGCAGCACUGCCCGAUCCCAGGCAGCUCAAGGGGCUGAAAAGGUUUGCAUGUUUUUGAGGGGUGGGAAGAGUCGGAGCCAAGAUCCAGCUGCUGCUUCUCCUUCUUUAGCCUUCAGCAUUCUGAGCUUCGAUGCUCAGACUGGAGUGUGGCCCUGCUGGGCCUCGAGCAGCCGUCACUGGGUGCUCCCACAUGCUCUUCCUCUGGGAAUGGUGCCCCUGGUAGAUAUGAUGUUUUAUUUAUCUCAAUUGCAUGGUGACUGUGCAGAGUCGUGGCCUUCAUGCACAUUCCAUCAUCUCCUUCAGAGAGCUCUUGCGGGAGCCAGCUGUCUUCGUGCCAGGCUAUGUUGUGGAAUUGGUGGGUGCAGCUGAUGUGUUCGUUGGUGUCUUACCUGCUUUGCAGUAUAAGAAGUGCAGCAGUUCUCUGCAUGGCUGUCACAACAACAUGGGGGGGCUCUUCUUUCCAUUGCCAUUACUCUUAAGGUAUUGCCAGAGCUUGUACUAAAACAGAUCUGGGAAUCUUCUGUAUUUGUAAAGUGAUCACACAGCUUUAAAAGUCAGUGCUCAGCUGUUUCUUUGGAGAAACCUGACUUGCAUACUCAGCUACUUGACUCUGUUCGUAUGUGCUUGACGUGUGAGAAGUGUGCAGUUCCUUCUGAGAAGAGUUAAAUCAAGCAGGCAUGCACACAUGGUAGCCUGACAGAUGAACAAGUGCUCUGUGUACACUGAGAGGCCGUUAGCAUGGCUAACAUCACUGGCAUCUCAAAGGGCAGCAGUAGUCACUAGGCAAAGGACUGCGACUUGGGGUGAUUAUUGGAUGCAGUUUAGCCUUUUUAAGAGCCUCAGGGCUGGGCCCAGGUCUCUGCUUGCAAUUGGCAGAGAGGACUGACCAACUAUUGGCAAAGGGAACUAAGCAUGAAAUGUGUGGUUUAUGUAGAGUAUAGGUUCCUCUCUAGGCCUCCAGCUUUCUAAACUGAUGCAGCAGGUUCCAGGCAGUCUCAAAGCUGGAACUGUCUCUCUUUACUCCUCUGCAUUCUGUAGCAAGGAAUGUUGUCUCCCGUGCUGUAAGGAGAUCUCCUGCAGCGCUUCCAGGCUAUCAGCACUGUUGCUAUUUCAGGGUGAGGGCUGAGGCUUGGAAAUGCAGCACACUGGGGACAUUCGUGUCAGCGGGCACAGCACUCUGCUGUGCUGCACAGAGAGGGCAGGAGCAGGCUCUGAGCCCCUGCCCACACGUGCAGCAUUGUGAACCAGUCCUGCUCAUGCUGUGUGCCCUGCUCUGCCAGUUGUGCAUAGCAGCCUUGCUCAGUGCAUCCCAGCACUGGUGCUGCUGAGGCAGGGGCAUGGAGCAGCUCUGGUUGUUCCCUCUGUAGAUCUGCAUGUUGCACUUGUGAGCAGCUAGUCCGAGCAGAUGAGAGUUACUUCCUUGGCUUUGUACUGGAGAACCAGGUAAAAACCCUUUUGUGAGGGAGCACUCUGGUUUUCUAGCCCUCUUUUUGUGUAUCCUCUCCAGUGCUGCCACUUGGUCCCUGUUAGGGUUGGAGCCACUUUGUUCCCGAUCUGCUGUGUUAACUCAGUGCAAGUGAGUGUGUGUGACUCUUGCCACUGCCAAGGCUGCAUAAAGAGCCAAGUCCAGCCAGCUAGAAAGCCUUAAUUCUCGUCUUGCACAGUGUGUGUGAUCAGACUAGUGAUGCCCUGUCCCAUACAAGCCGUUUAUUACAGGCUUCUUGUCGUAAUGUGAAAUGAAAUCAUGCUUAGCAGAGCUGUUACAGGCCUGUCUUUGGGGUUUGUGUGCCCAGAGGUGUUCCUAUGGCUGUUGUUCCAGGUAUUAGAGAUUAGAGAGAACAGUCCUUGUGGCAUGUGUCACUGAUUUUUCUGCAUGUGUCCUUUCUGUGCACUGUUUGUGUCCCAACCUGAUUAAAGAAACUUAAAUCUUGGCUUUUUAUCCUUAGACCUGUUAGCAUUUGCUGGUACCACUGAAGUGCAGCAGAGUCCUGACCAUGUCCUAUGGCUGUGCUCUGUGAAGUCAGUCCAGGCACUGUACAGUGGAUUUUCUUUGUUCUUUCACAAAAGUAAGCCCAAGAUUGAUUUCUCUUUCUUCCCUUCACCUUCUUGAUCUUUAUUCUUAAGAAGUUAACGCUAUGAUGCUACUUUAAAAAGAAAUAAACCCCCUACAUGUCUAGUGCCUUUCUUAAGGGAAUGCUGCAUCUCUAGGCUGGACCUGAGUACCCACCCCUCUGUGAAAAUGAGGAGCCCAAAGCAGACAAGCUGUAAAGACAACCUUUGAGCAUGAGGCUGCUUGGAAAGGGGUGAAAAGAAGGGGUAAAAAGGUGGGCAAUUGUCACUUCAGCUCUGACACUGUUUGGUAGCAGACUGGUGCUGUACUAAGCUUGGUUGUGAAGACAGUAGAAUUGUAGGACAGGAUUGCUUUUGCUUGUAACACAGGAUAAGUUCUGCUCUUCAAGAUGCUGGUUUUCCCCCUGCCUGUCAACCAUGGACACAGAGCAAGCAGAGAGCAGCCCAGUAAGAGCUGGGCACAAACCAGUAUGAGUCCCUGCCCAGCGAGCAGCAGGUAGCUGUGGAAAGCAGGCAAGGAUCGACUGCUCUGACCAGGGUUUCUGACUGACUUCCAGUGCCACCGUAGCUGAAUGGGAAUCAGAAACGGGACAUAUCCUGCCAGGGCUGCUGGAGAGCCUGUCUGCAGUGCUGCCCUUGUGUGUCUGCUUCUACAAGUGCUGCAGCUUGAGGCCUGCAGGGUCUCUGCUGGGAACCAGCAGCCUUGCUUUUCACUAUGAACAGCUUUUCUGCAUGCCCUUCACUGAGCCCUUCCUUCCGGGGAGCCAGGUAGGCUGAGUGCAGCAUGUUGCUUCCUGCACUAGGCUGAUUCCAUUACUGCAGCUAAUCCUGAGGCAGGGUCAUUACUGUAAAUGGGUUUAUUUCAGUUGAGCAAGGAAAAAUGCAACUCCCAGGGCCCUUCCUUAAAGGUGCCCCUUACAAAGGAGUGGGGAAUAAGGACACUUGUUUUUAAAGUUCCUAAGAGAAAUGAUGCUUGGAAUUUGGGGGGGGGAGGGGAGGGACAAGUUGUUCUUCCCCUUGAAUGACAAAUGAAUACCAAUUUGUAUAAUAUCAGUGUUAAAAAUGUUGAGAUUUUCACAAACUAUUUUAAGAAAGCUAUAAUAGUGUCGUUAAUAUAAAACUAUAAUAGCAGUAUUUAAUCCUUUCAGAUCUGUAAAGAAUAAGGAGAAACAGAAGGUAAAUAUUCUUACAGAGAGUAGCUGAGCUUUAAGGUUCACUCGGUUUAAAGCCCUCGGAGGCACUGUUCGUGUGUAGAGGUUAUACUAAUGUUAUUUAUUAAUUGUUUCCAUUCUCGUCUGCUGCCCACUAAAGAGCUGCUUUCUUUGGGAUUUCCUUCACCUGUGUCAGUACAAGAAAAAGAAAACAAAAAGGUUUAUUUUUAAAUAAAAUCCCCUUUGUUGUAGCCC